AUGACACUAUUUUCUUUCUUUCUAUCUUUCUUUCUUUUUUCUUUCUUUCUUCAUUCCUUCCCUCUUCUUUGUUGUUUGUUUGCUUCUUGGAUUUUAUUUCUUUCUUAUCCGGAUUUCUUUCUUUUUUUUCUUUCUUUCUUUCUUUCUUUCUUUCUUUCUUUCUUUCUUUCUUUCUUUCUUUCUUUCUUACGUUACUUAUUGUCUUAUUUAAUUCUGCCCUUCUUUUCUUUCUUUCUUCUUUCUUUCUUUCUUUCUUUCUUUCUUUCUUUCUUCCAUUAUUUAUUUCAUUAUUUAUUUAUUUCUCCUCUCUUAUUUGUUGUAUGUUUUUCAUUUUCUUCUUUGUGUCUUUCUUUCUUUCUUAUCCUAAUUUCUUUCUUUCUUAUUUUUCUCUCUCUUUUUUGUUGUUUGUUUCUUCCUUUUUCUUUCUUUCUUUCUUUCUUUCUUUCUUUUUUUCUUUCUUUCUUUCAUUAUUUAUUUAUUUGCUUGCUUGCUGCUUUAUCUAAUUCUGUCACUCUUUUCUUUCUUUCUCACUUUCUUAUUUUCAUUUCUUUCUUUCUUUCUUUCUUUCUUUCUUUCUUUCUUUCUUUCUUUCUUUCUUCUAAUCCAAAUCGAACUUUUCUUCUUUUUCUUAGUCUAUUCACUCUUUAUUUCUUUCUUUCUUUCUUUCUUUCUUUCUUUCUUUCUUUCUUUCUUAAUUUUUCUUUCUUAGCUUCCUUGUUGCAUUAUCUAAUUUUGUCUCUCUUUCAUAUUUUCAUUAAUUAUGCUGCUCUUUUCUUUCUUUCUUUCUUUCUUUCUUUCUUUCUUUCUUUCUUUCUUUCUUCUCCCAUUUUGUUUCUUUCUUUCACAGUCUGUUAUCUGGCAAUAUCUUUCCCAGAGAAAAACCCAUGA